GUGUGUAGCUUGUUGCUGUUGUACUUGUCAUUCAGACAUCCCAGGAAUUCAACACGACUAGGAACAAGCCAGCUCGGCACAGCAAGGACAUUUUUACGUUAAAACCACGUCCCUGUCGCCGAGAACGGUAAAAGGAAAUAUCGUCUGUUUUCAAAAUAAGAAAAGUGUCGAGGAAAGCGGCAGCAACAGACGCUGGUUUUGUACAUUUCUGUCAGCAGCAUGCAGAUGUGAGGGCAGACACCAGAGACCCCUGCGACCCUUUACUGCAACCCUGGACUGAGUGACAUCCUCUUCAUUCCCCUUUGUCAUCAUACAUGCUCUUACAUGAAGAGAGGGGAGAAACCCGAAGGAUACAGACAGAUGAGACCCAAAACUUUCCCCACCAGUAACUACAGUGGCAACAGCCAACAAAUGCUGCAGGAAAUACGGAAUAGCCUGCGCAACCUGUCCAAACCCUCUGACCCGCCUAAAGUGGACAUUGGUGGAGCAGGAAAAAUGCUUUUAGAGGACCCAAGGCAACAGGGUCGCUGCAGCAACCCCAAAAACCCCCACCAUAAGGCCUUACAGGAGAUCCGUAAAUCCCUGAUGCCUUUUGCCAAUGGGCCCAGCACUUCAGGCCCCGAGGUGAACAAGCACAUGUCUGUGGAAGUCCCGUUUGCUGGGUUUGAGGAGCAGAGCAACAGUCGCAGUAUGGGGGCAGUUAUAGACUACAUGGGUAAGGUGAGCUACCAGGAGUUGAUGAGGGAACAGAUGGCUGUUGCCAACCCCAACACUACAGGUCUGAAAGCCCCAGGAGCUCCUCAUAUCCCGCAGGCUGUGCUGAGGAGGCCAAGCUGGAAAGGUUCUAAGGAAUCUUUAGCUCCUCGACACGGUCCUCUGAUGGUGGAUGGAAUGAUGUACCGCUCAGACAGCCCCGGACCACCUCCUGCCUUCCCACAGGGUCACCCUGCUAACAGCCAGAGAGUCAACCCUCCACUGCCGCCACAGGUGCGCAGUGUCACACCUCCACCAAACCGCGGUGCCAUGCCUCCUGCACCGUCCUGGGACAGCAACCCAUCAACCAAGCGUUACUCUGGCAACAUGGAUUACCUUGUGCCUCGCAUCUCUCCAGUACCCCAGGGGCCCUGGCCUGAUGGGUACCAAGCUGCACCACCCCAGAAUCAGCGUGGGAUCAGCCCAGUGCCUAUGGGCCACCAACCCAUCAUAAUGCAAAACUCUGGGGGGAAUAAGUUCACCUUCCCCUCCAUCUGGUCUCAGAGUGGCUCCCCUCAGUCAGACUACAUGGCGGGGGGCAGUAGACAGCCUCCUCCCCCAUACCCGGUCAACCAGAGCAGCCGGCACAGUCCCACUGACCAGCAGAUGCAGACAGGAGGACCUGCGUCAUCUCCUUCUUACGUCAACGGAGGAAACAUCCCUCAGUCCAUGAUGGUUCCCAACCGGAAUAGUCACAACCUUGACAUGUACAACAUAGGUCCUCCUCAGUCCUGGUCCCAGGCUCCUCUGGCCUCCAACCAGCCCCAGUCUUCCUCUGGAAACAGCAGCAAUCAGGACCUGUCCCCGUCAUGGCAGCACAACAUUCCAGUUCGCUCUAAUUCCUUCAACAACCACCAGCUGAACGGCAGACCGGCCCACCCAGCCAGCUCCCAGCCCUCUGCCACCACAGUCACUGCCAUUACCCAGGCUCCCGUCCUGCAGCCAGUCAACAGCAUGCGUGUCCAGAAACCUGAGUUACACACCGCUGUCGCUCCCACACACCCUCCAUGGAUGCAGCAGGCUCCACCACCUCCAGCUGCACCUGCUUAUCAAGAACCCUCAGCCCCUGUACCUCAGAUCCCUGUCAUAGCAGAAGUUCCCAGCUACCAGGGCCCCCCUCCGCCUUAUCCUAAGCAUCUCCUCCAGCAGCAGGCCGCACCCUGCCCUCCUGCCUACGAUCCAGGGGCCAAUAAGCUCGGCACGGGCAGAGAGGAGCCUGCUGAAGAGGAGAGCAGUGGCGGUGACAGUUCCCGAGACAAGACGACAGAAACACCCGAAAGCACCGCGGCGACAGAGAAAGAGAAGAAGCAAAUCACAACAUCGCCUGUUCCUGUCCGCCGGAACAAGAGAGACGAAGAGCGGCGAGGGGAGUCAGGAAGAGUCGCUCUGUACUCCCCCCAGGCCUUCAAGUUCUUCAUGGAGCAACACGUGGAGAACAUUCUAAAGAACCAUCAGAUGAGGAUUCGGAGGAGGAAGCAGCUGGAAAGUGAGAUGCAAAGGGUGGGUUUGUCUUCAGAAGCUCAGGAGCAGAUGCGUAUGAUGCUCUGCCAGAAAGAGUCCAACUACAUCCGCCUGAAGCGGGCCAAGAUGGAUAAAUCCAUGUUCAAACGCAUCAAGACCCUCGGCAUCGGAGCCUUCGGUGAGGUGUGCUUGGCCAGAAAGGAAGACACAGGAGCGCUGUACGCCAUGAAAACGCUCCGUAAGAAGGACGUGCUGCUAAGAAACCAAGUGGCCCACGUCAAGGCUGAGAGGGACAUCCUGGCUGAGGCCGACAAUGAGUGGGUGGUGCGUCUCUACUACUCUUUCCAAGACAAGGACAACCUGUACUUUGUCAUGGAGUACAUCCCUGGAGGGGACAUGAUGAGCCUUCUCAUCCGGCUCGGCAUCUUCAAAGAAGAGCUGGCCCAGUUCUACAUUGCGGAGCUCACCUGUGCUGUGGAGAGCGUCCACAAGAUGGGUUUCAUCCACCGAGACAUCAAGCCUGAUAACAUCCUGAUAGACCGAGACGGACACAUAAAGCUGACCGACUUCGGCCUUUGCACCGGCUUCCGCUGGACACAUGACUCCAAGUAUUACCAGAGUGGUGACCAUGUGAGGCAGGACAGCAUGGACUUUAGUAAGGAAUGGGAAGACCCAGCCAACUGCCGCUGUACGGACCGUCUGAAGCCUCUGGAGAGGAGGAAGGCCCGGCAGCACCAGCGCUGUUUGGCACAUUCACUGGUGGGGACGCCCAACUACAUAGCCCCAGAAGUACUGCUCCGAACAGGUUACACCCAGCUCUGUGAUUGGUGGAGCGUUGGUGUGAUCUUGUAUGAAAUGGUUGUUGGGCAGCCUCCUUUCUUAGCGACCACACCCCUGGAGACACAGCUGAAGGUGAUAAACUGGAAGAGCAUGCUGCACAUUCCCCCGCAAGCCAAGCUCAGCCCCGAGGCGUCAGAUCUCAUAGUGAAAUUGUGCCGCGGCCCUGAAGACCGCCUCGGCAAGAACGGAGCGGACGAAAUAAAAGCUCAUCCUUUCUUCAAGACCAUCGACUUCUCGAGCGACCAGCGGCAGCAGGUGGCGCCCUACAUCCCCACCAUCGCCCACUCCACGGACACCUCCAACUUCGACCCCGUGGACCCAGAUAAACUGUGGAGCAGCGACAGCGACGGCAAGGACAACCUCAACGACACACUCAACUGCUGGUUCCGCAACGGCAAACACCCCGAGCACGCCUUUUACGAGUUCACCUUCCGCCGCUUCUUCGACGACAACGGCCACCCGUACAGCUGCCCCAAACCCAUCGAGUACGAGAGUUAUAACGGGGACGAGGCGGACUCAGAGAACCCGACGCAGGAGGCGGCCAGUAGCUCAGCGAGUCAGGGCCGAGACCUGGUCUACGUGUAGCGUGAGGCCAGUUGAGCCGCUUGUACAUAACGUGUGUGUGUGUGUGUGUGUGUGUGUGUGUGUGUGUGUGUGUGUGUGUGUGUGUGUGUGUGUGUGUGUGAAGGGGAUUGCGACGGUACAGCAUUUAAAUCCUCGAACAUAGGAACGUGUGUUUGUAGGAGCAGUCAGAACACUGCAGCACACAGUCACACUAACAGACUUUGAUUUAUGAACCAGAUGUUCACACUACAAGUUACAGAUGUUUUUUGGCAUUCUGGGGAGAAAACACACUUAUUCGCUUUCUUGACAGGAAGGUUGAUGUGACUCUGGUUAGCUACAGCUAGCUCAUCCAUGUCCAAAGGUAACAACCUGCCUAUUAGUACCUUUAAUGCUCAGUAAUUAACAAGUAAUUGCUGGCUGCCUGGCAACCUCACGCUGAUGAUGACACACCUCAAUCAAGAAAUAGUCGAGAUCAUAGCGCCUCAUUAAUUAUUGUACGGAUACAACAUGUUAAUCAGUGAGCUUUAGAGGUGCUGGCAGCUGGAUUUUGUUACCUACAGACCUGAGAGAGCAGUAUCCUCGAACUCUCUGCAAGAAAGCAAAUGAGAUGUUAGUUUUUUUUUCUCAAUGUGGAACUAUUCCUUUAACGUUUGCUGCCUGAAAGAACAGAAAGCAGAAAACAAAAUCAGGGUGCUCUCUUUGACGACUUAUCGCAAACCCCCUUAAAGCCUUAACUUAUUUAAGAAAAUUGUAACUGGUGAUGAUAGUGUAGAUGCUGUUUGAGUGUGGGAAUUUUGUUGGAAUUACAUUUAUUGGUAAAAAAAAAAAAAAAUCCUCUUAAUUUAUAUUUUAAUGUCUGUUGCAAUGGGGAUUUAGUGACUCAUAGAAAUUUGCAGGGAUAAAUUGCUCUAAUUAUUCAUUGCUGUGCCUUUUUUGUUUUCUUUCACCAAAUAUAAAGAGGGUUAAUAAUCAGACUGGCAUUUUAAAAUGAGAGUAGCAGUAGCUGAUUGAACUACAGUAGGUUGUUUUAUUUUUCUAAUUUAUAUCUAAAAUGUAUUUAUAAAUUAAGUUGUAUACAGUUGAUGUAAAUAUUUUUCUCUUCCCUGUCAGCUGAUUUAUUUUUUUUCCUUUAGGGCAGGCCCUCGUCAGUGUCCCCUGCUGCCUUCUGUCAAUAUGUUGUGUGCUUUUCUGUCUCUCAUACACCCAAAACACCUACGACACUAAUCCACAGGACUCUGAAUACAGUUCAUUUUUUUUGUAUAGCGUAAGACUUCAUGCUCGUCUCUCAACCAAAGCACUAAAUAGUUGGAUUACCCAAGUUAAUGAUCACAUGACCAUGACAUUUUGUGCCGUUCUCACACUAUGAACCAGAAAUGCCUCUGCUUUUAGGUACCUAACCACUUCAUCCUAUAGUACACUACAUUGUGUCUAAGGAUCUGGGAGAGGCUUGAAAGCUUAACACCCCAGUUCCUUAAGUGAUUUUUCUUUCGUCUUUGAGAAACACUACAGCUGACUGUCAUUUGUUGAGUGUUUCGUGCCUCUGUGCUGAUUUUGAAGAACAACUAUUGAUGAACUCACGGUGGAGAGAACAGUUCUCCGUCACAGAUCUUGCUGAUUUUGUAACCCGCUGUACUUUCCUUUGUGUUUAGGAAAAUAUCUCUGAAUGUAGUUAUGGACUUAAUGGUGACCACUGGCAUCCUGCCUGGUUUUGUGUUUUCAUUGUAAGUGAGAGAAUUUUAUUUUUGUGUACAUUGUUGCUCUGGGAGGUUGGGUACAGGGAAGAGGGUGAUAAAUAAAGAAUGUAAAGAACAAAA